AUGGAAGAACUCAUCAGACCCGCGAAUGGUGCCCGCAACUUUCGAAAGAAUAUCGAGAAGUUCGAGGGCCUUUCCCUACAAGACGCUACAGUCUCAAGGCCGCCGAGCAACAGAUCCAAGAUAUCCAUCCUCGACGACAACUCCGUUAGUGAUGUGCAAAGUGAACCAUUCACUCUUCGUCCGUCAGUGGGCUCUACUCAAAGCUCGGUUUCAGCGCAGCCGACUGCCAGAAAGCACAAACGUCAUGAUUCCACAGCCUUCCUUCAAAAGUCCUACCUAGCCGAGACCGCGUCGGCGUCGCUGCCAGACGAUGCACGCGAAAUCUUGAAAAGCCAGCCUGACAGGGAAGAUCUGGCGGCAGUUCUGCAAUAUCUGCAGUAUGGUAUUGAUGGAAGACACGACUUCAAUGUGCGAGUACCUGGUCCGAAGGCGUCCCAGAUCGUUAACGUAAUGGUCACCGUCACCAUCCCAGAUCAGUGGCUACACUUGCGCCGCUCGGACCUAAGCAAAAGCGAUGCGCAGAUGAGAAGGUCCCUACUAAACUGCCUGAAUAGCGUGGCGGGCUUGGGUGCCCUACUGAUGCAGAUCAGACGGGUGUUCUCAACGACACCAAAUCACGAGAGUCCCUUACUCGAUGAUUUGAUCUCGGUCCUCUCACUUAUUCUUUCCGGCAGCCAUGCAUUACGGGGCUUCCUCUCCGAUGCAUUUAGCCUCUUCAAGACCGAAACACACCGGCGGGUUUUCUGGCAGGAAAUCACAUCCCUUUUAGCUGGCAGCAAAAUCCUCUCGACAAUGGCCCACGUCCUUGCAUCCCUGCGUGACUCUGACGUCCGAUAUGAGGCAAGCGCCUGGCUUGGUGACGCUCGUCAGUACUCGCAAUGGCUGGCAAGGAACAUAUCAACCGCUGCCGUCGAUCUACACGGAGCCAAUCAAGCGAAUAGCGCGCAGGUGAACUUGCUCUGUCAAGUACUGAAACGCGGCCUCAGUCUUGGUUAUCGCGAUACACUGAUAACUGAGCUUUAUUCCUCACUUCUCUUAGGAAAGCGAGCAUUAUGGACGACGUUGCACAACUUGGUGCAGCCCUUACCUGCUUACGACCAGACCGGCCUCUUCGAUGCCAUACUCCGCGACCUAGCAAGAAGGUUUCUCCCAGGUACUCUUGGGACUGUGAAGGACCGGGCAUCCUUGAUGAGCAACUCCUCUACGAUUGGGGCAGUGGCAGCCAUGGUCAAGGGUCUCGUGCAAAACAAUGCCAUCCUUGAAGCACAUGUGAUUCAGUGGCUGACGAGUACGAAUGGAGAAUAUGCUGGGCUUGGUCUCGACACCAGAAGAGCGGUUAUUGCUACACUGGCGUCACAUCAAGACAAGCUCCAGGAAGUCCUUGAGAAGAGCUUGGAACGCUUUGGCAAUAAGAUACAGAUCCAACAUGAUCCGAUCGUACAGCAGGAGUCCACUGCCCAGACGAUACUACUUGCUCUCGGCUACCUCAACCACUUGAACCCUCAAACGGUCAAGCAAAUAUCAAGCUCCAGCACCUUCCUACGUAUGGUGUCCACUCGCCUCUCCGCGUCCGUACCUCGUGCAAGAUUUUUGGGUAUGAUAGUGGCUGUGGCGAUGUCAAAAUCGAUAGACAAGCCCGACAAGGUGAUGGACUUUGGUGUAGAAGAGAUACAAGGAGAAGACGCGCAACGAUGGCUGGAUCUUGUAAACAUCCGGGACAGCAUCGGGAGCCUGGCUGAUCUGCCGAAAACAGAAGUACCGCCAGGGAAGAUGAAGGCCACUUCACGGAGCACGAAACCUGCUCGCCCGAAAAGGGUAUCCGUGACUUCUCAGCCUCAUAGCUCGAAGGUCAUCGCGAUCGAAGAAGUUGACGAAACGGAACAUACAGGCUCAGACGAGGAGGAGCUCGGCCUUCGUCCUUACGCGCGUCCUGACAGCGAUCCUUCUGACUCGGACGAUGAUCCUACGCUCAUCAAUCGUAACAAGCCUUCCGCCCCGGUCUACAUCACAUCGCUGAUCAAACAGCUCAAUGCCAACGAUGAUCCGUCGACGGUGGAACUUGCUCUCAAGACAGCUCCCAGCUUGAUCCGUCGGAAAGCCAACUUCGGCGAUGAAUUGUCGUCCAACAUCAUCCAGCUGGCGGCGAUUCUCGUCAAUCUCCAGGAAGGCAUGUCGAAGGAGGAAAUGCAUCAAUUAAGAAUCGAGGCUUUGAUUGCAUGUUUAGUCGCUAAGCCUGCAGUCAUGGGUCCCUGGCUCGCAGGCAUGUACUUUGAGGGAGAUCUCUCGAUAUCACAACGGGCGUCUCUGCUGACAGCCAUGGGCCUCGGAGCACGAGAAUUGGCGGGAAUUGACGAUGAGAUCGAGAAGCAGCCCGUCUCUUCUCGAACCCAAGAAGGCGGUUCAUCAUUCCCGUCCAAGAAACUCCCACCACAUCUCGACUCAACCUAUGCCACCACAUCCGCCAUUGAUAUGCUCUCAACCACCCUAUCCCAUCGGACUCUGCAACCGAUGGCCCUUGAAGCAGCCGACAAGGUCACCGGGCCGGACAUCUUGAAAGUUCGCACGUUCUCCUCACGCAUGGCCGUGGCGGCCAAAGAAGCAGCCAAAGCCGAAUCCCGCUCCAAGCGCAUUCCCAAAGACCUGCACAAGCUGCUCUCCGAGGCGCUGUACCUACCACUCUGCUCACGCCUGACGCUUCUCCUCUCGGCACUUUCCACCACUCCCUAUCUCGCGAACUCAACACUCUUGCAUCCCUCGCUACUGAAACUGAGCCUGCAGACGCUCGUCGUCCUCAUUUCCACAAUAGGUCCAAACGCCCUACAGCUACCAAUGCUGACGCGCGAGUCUCUCCUCCUUCUGACGGAACUUCAUACCAUCCCAUCACUGGCGCACGACCCGAUCAUACUUCCGCCCGCGCUUCACCUUCUACUGACGCUUUUGGACCUGAGUGUCGAAGCUGGCCCAACGGCAGAAGAACGCCUCGUCACAGAUUUCGGCCAUAUGUUGGCAGAACUCGUUUCUUGGGCUGCCGGACUAGCGGAACGCGUUCCCAUCACUGAAGUCGACGCCGAUCCGGGUUUGGGCAUGGCAAUGCCCUGGACGGUGCUUGUUGCGGGAAUCCAGGUCAAAUGGCAGGAAAUUGGUAGGAAAUUUCAAGGACGAAUGUUGGGGCUGAUGGCAGGAACGGAUUUCGAUACCUUUUGA